AUGGUACAGGUGAGGGCUGUGUCUGUGGAUCUGAAUAUUGAUCCUUCCCUCCAAAUUGACAUCCCGGAUGCCCUAAGUGAAAAAGACAAAGUAAAGUUCACUGUACAUACUAAGACUACACUGCCAACUUUUCAAAGCCCAGAGUUUUCAGUUACAAGGCAGCAUGAAGACUUUGUGUGGCUGCAUGAUACGCUUACUGAAACGGAAGAGUAUGCAGGAUUUAUUAUACCUCCAGCGCCUUCAAAGCCUGACUUUGAUGGUCCCCGAGAGAAGAUGCAGAAACUUGGGGAAGGAGAAGUUUCUAUGACAAAAGAGGAAUUUGCAAAAAUGAAGCAAGAACUAGAAGCUGAAUACCUUGCUGUCUUUAAGAAGACUGUGUCAUCACAUGAAGUUUUCCUUCAGCGACUUUCUUCUCAUCCUGUGCUCAACAAAGAUCGCAACUUCCAUGUUUUCCUAGAGUAUGACCAGGAUCUAAGCGUUCGGAGAAAAAAUACAAAAGAAAUGUUUGGUGGCUUUUUAAAAAGCAUGGUGAAGAGUGCUGAUGAAGUCCUCUUCUCUGGAGUGAAGGAGGUGGAUGACUUCUUUGAGCAAGAGAAGACUUUUCUCGUAAACUAUUACAACAGAAUCAAGGAUGCAUGCGCAAAGGCAGAUAAGAUGACAAGAUCACAUAAAAAUGUUGCAGAUGACUACAUCAGCACUUCAGCUUGCUUAAACAGCCUGGCUUUUGAAGAGCCCACAGUCACUAAAAAGUACUUGUUGAAAGUUGCUGAGCUCUUUGAAAAACUCAGGAAGGUAGAGAGUCGUGUGUCAUCAGACGAAGACUUAAAGCUGACUGAACUGUUAAGAUACUACAUGCUCAACAUAGAAGCAGCAAAGUCCCCUGAGGAACUGAUCAGCUUCAAGCGGAAGAGAAUAGCAGCCUUUCGUAAAAAUCUAAUUGAAAUGGCUGAGCUGGAAAUCAAGCAUGGGAAGAACAAUGUCUCUCUCCUGCAAAGCUGCAUCGACUUGUUCAAGAACUAAGGCGCCUUAAUCGGAAAGAAUGUGAAAAACCAGUAUCAGUUGCACUCCACAGCCAUGGGAAAAUUUAUAUUUCGCUUGACUUCAUUUGGUUAAAAUAUAUAAAUAAAGACAUUGUCUCAAACAUUUUGUUUGACUAAUACUUAACCAUGUUGAUGCCAAUGUAUUGGCUUCCAUGGUAUAAAUGAAAGCUGAAUUGCUUAUGAAUUACUUGGAUGUAGCCAAUUUCCUGUUGAGAGUUAAUAUCUCAAGGUGGGCAAAAAGUAAAAGUACUAGAUUCCAGAAUGUUGACCAGUUUUCUAAUGAUAAAAAGGGGCAAUUCUCUCCAAGGGUGAAUGAAAUGUAGGUGGUAUUGCAAUCUUCUCUGUAGCCUAAACUAUUUUAAAGAAGUUCAUAUUUGGGAGGGUCUUGUGUACAUUAAGCAAUUUUAUAAGGUAAAAUACAUUCCACUUCAUAGACAGAUUUCUACUACAGUGUAUUUUGGAUUUCUAUAUCUACAUUCAGUAUUUGUACACUCAGCAAUACAGCAAAAAUAAAGAUGUCUAAUACUAUGAA